AUGCUUGCUCGUUGUUCAAUCAUUGCAAAACGUGCUUUUUCAAAAGAUUUACUUACAAAUAGAUGGAAAAGAUCAGAUCCAAAUAGAUAUUGGCGUGCUCAACAUAAAUUACCUAAAGAUGAUGAAGAACAUGGACCACUUACUGAUUUACCUGAUUAUUCUUAUUUAAAUGGUGAAUCAUCUCAUUUAUCAGCAUCGCAACGUAAAAAAUACGAUUUCAAUGCAUCUGUUGUUCACCGCAUUCAUGAACUUGAUGCUGAAUUAACUCAUGCAAAAAAAUUAUAUGCAAAAAAAAUAGAAUCAACUAUGACAGAUUAUAAUACAAGUGUUCAAAUAGCUGAACAUAUUAAAACACCAUCUUCAUCGAAGAAAACAAAGAUUCAAACAUUAGAUAAAAAAGCAACACCAUCAAUUUCUUAUCCUAAUGAAUAUUCAUUACAACCAAAUUUACUCAAUGCUCUUCGAGAAGCAACAACAUAUAAUGAAGCUUAUGAAGAAGUUGUUGAUCCAGUUGGUGCUAUUGUACCGAAUAAACUUAUGAAUAUUGAACGGCCACCUUAUAAACGUACAGGUGAACGGCGUCGUUAUCAUAAAGUAUUUACUCUUCGUACACCAAAACGCCACAUGUUUCCAAGAUAA